GUGGGCGAGACGGGCGCCUUGCUCAUCAUGAUCACCUUAGCGAAGGUGUUGCUUCUAAGCAGCCUGAACAUCAUCCCUGUGAACUUCAACGAGCUCGUGGAGGACCAUAUGGGCAGAGACGAGAGAUCAACGCGCUCGGUGUCGAGAAUAAAUAACAGCUCGGUAUACCAGGUGCCUGAGGUCCAACAGAUGCCCUGCACGCGAAGGUUCCUGUGCGAGUUGGAGACCAUAGCAAGGACGAGCGACAAUUACAUGCCGAAGGAACCCGAAGCGCUCAACGGCAGGAUCCUCGAGGAGGAGGUGGCGCUGGAGGAGGUCGACCCGUUGGCGGAGAUGCAGAUCGAGGUGGUGAGGGCCCUGUAUAGGUGAGUCUCCGACAACACAGAGAUAUGUAAAUGGUAGAUUAUAUGAUUUGCAAAUUGGCACUAGGAUUAGAAAUGGACAUGAGCUGCACAAUCUUCUAAAUAGAUCGUCUAAUUUUAAGUAAAUGCACAUUUUUCCCAACAAUUC